CGUAAGCAGUGCCACGUCAGCAGUGCCACAACAGCAGCAGGGCCACGUCAGCAGUACCUCAUCAGCCGACACCGUACAGCUAACUGCAGCUUAUGCUCCGAUGCAGCCAACGCAUCGCAGCACGUGAAGGGCAGGCAGCCGCAGAGGAACAGCAGCUACCCCUGGCCCACCCCUCUGCAAUGGACGCCCAGGGCAAACCCACGGUGGACAAUGCCGCAUCCGGCAGUCCACGCGAGGCGUGCAGCUCGAACCCCCUUGUCCCACAGGUCCAGCAGGUGGGUUCCACUGCGUCACCUGUGGGAGCCCUUGAUGCUGCGCCAGUCCGGCAGCAAGGAGAGACCAUGAUGACCUUCCUGGCCCGCCUGGGCACCUACAUGCAACAAGUACGAGAAGAACAGCAACGCGAGGCGGCAGCCGAAACGGCAGGCCUCAAUGCCAUUGCACGCGACGCGGAGCAACGGCGCCGGCAGCUCGCUGAAGCAGCUGCCAACCAUAACAAAGCUCGAAAAGAUGCCGCAUCUGUCCUCGUGCAGCAGGAAGCCGCUCAUACCGCCGCACUCCAAGCAUGGAAUGUUGAUCCGGCGGAGACGACGGAACCAACUGCGGAGGAGCAUACCAAGUCAGCCCUCGCCAACAUGCUGCACCAAGUCGUCCUCACUUGUAAUUGGCAACAAGUGGAGCUGGCUCGGCAGACACAUACCAUUGCUGAGUAUGAGGAGACUCUCAAGAGCCUCCAUGCCCGCCUUGACGCGUUGGAGAAGGGGAUGACGUGCCGCACAGGCACACAGCAUCGUCAAGCAUUGAUCCAUCGUUCCGCGAGCUGGAAGAACGAAUGGAUCGCCUAGCAUAGAAGAUGUCUGUCCACGACAAAGCUCAGGAAACUGAGCUCCGCGGGAAGUGAGGCGACUCCACUUCCUAGUCCACCGGACACGGUUGCCUUGCUAGCAACCUCCUCCACAUCCGGGGAACAUGCGUAUGUCGCCAGUUUUCACGAAGGUUAUGAAGACUAUGCUGUCCAGCUGGUCCCGCUGUUGGACGAACCUCUCCACGUGCAUGAGUCAUAUGCGUGUGCGACUUCAUCACCAUCGCCAAGUGAACCAGCAUCCUCGCUGACACUAUUCGGGGACUCGUCGAUAUGGUCUAGGCUUGAGGAGCUCGACCCAUUGACGUCGGAGGACUUCCAAUUGCUGCCUCUUCCCCCAUAUGGUUCCUUGCCGAAGCCGCAUUGCAACGCGCUAAUGGCGGAACUAUGCACCUACUUGCACGAUGCAGUACCAGCUCCGUUGAUGGAAGACGGGGUAGCGGUUGUUGACCUUCGCGAGUACAUUGCGAAGAUUGACCGCGAGUACGCCACGCAACGGUACGACAACAUCGACGCACCGUUACUCUACGUCCGCAUUCAGAUCGGGAAGGCGACGUGCAGCGCCUUGUUUGAUUGUGGAUCUACUCGCAACUACAUCAGCCAAGACUUCACGACGCGUGCCGGCCUUGGGCCGCGCGUUCGAAGGAAAUCGCAGCCCACGCAAGUCACAUUGGCUGACGGUCACACGCACAAUUCCAUUGACCGGUGCGUUGACUCCGUCCCUGUGUACUUUGCCCCGCAUGCACGCGAGGCCGUGCCCUUUGACAUAUUGGACACACAGUUCGACAUGAUUUUGGGCAUGUCAUGGCUGCGCAGCGAUGACCACCCGGUGAACUUCUACCACCGCACCGUUCACGUUCAUGACCGAAAUGGGGUACUUGUGCCAUGUACGGUCCCCCCACCUCACUCUUCGAUUGGUUGUCAUUUGGUCCCCGCGGCAAGCAUUCGCAACUCCAUCGCACGGAACGACGUGGAGGAAAUGGGCAUUUGUUUCUUGCACGCCCUCCCUCCUCCCGAUGAGCCAGCGGCGGAACAGCCACCGGAUCCACGCAUUGUACAACUUAUUGACUCCUAUGGCGACGUCUUUGAAGUCCCCACUGGAAUCGUACCGAAUCGGCCAAUUCGUCACGAGAUCAUCCUCGGAGAUGGGGCCGUACCUCCGCGCGGAUGUAUUUACCGCAUGAGCGAGAAGGAACUCGAAGUGCUUCGAACACAACUCAAUGACCUCAUUGACAAGGGCUCUGCUCGCCCUGCGGUGCACCCGUUCUCUUCGUUCGGAAGAAGAACAAGGAGCUGCGCUUAUGCAUUGACUAUUGUAAGCUUAAUGCUCAAAUGCCGGCCCGCUCCCAUGCAUCGACGAUCUUCUCGAACGCAUGGGCAGCGCCAAGUAUUUCUCCAAGUUGGACCUCAAGGCUGGUUACCACCAGCUCGAGAUCCAUCCAAGAUAUCGAUACAAAACCGCAUUCAAGACACGGUACGGGCACUUCGAGUGGGUCGUAAUGCCAUUCGGCCUCACGAAUGCCCGACCACCUUCCAGGCGGCAAUGACAACGGAGUUUCGCGACAUCUUGGACCGGUUCGUGCUCAUCUACCUCGAUGACAUCUUGGUAUAUAGCCGGAAUUUGGACGAGCACAUCGUGCAUCUAUGCGCUGUUCUGGACAGGCUACGUACGGCCAAGUACAAGGCCAACCGAGCCAAGUGCGAAUUCGCGCAGCAAGAGCUCGAGUACUUGGGCCACUUUGUGACGCCGCAAGGUAUCUGUCCGCUCGCGGACAAGAUCAAGGCCAUUCAAGAUUGGCCGGAACCAACCAACACCACGGAAGUUCGAUCUUUUAUGGGAUUGGCCGGGUACUACGAACGCUUGAUCGGAGGAUACGCAUGGAUCGUCGUGCCCUUGUCAAGAUUGCAGUCUCCAAAGGUGCCCUUCCAGUUCACCGACGAAGUCCGCAGUUUGUUCCACAAAUUGAAGACGACAUUGCUCCUCGCUCCCGUCUUGAGUAUCUACGAUCCCACCUUGCCUACGAGAGUGACUACGGACGCUUUCGGCUAUGGCAUGGGUGCAGUUUUGGAACAGCACGACGGAGUAGACUGGCAUCCGGUUGAGUACUUCAGCCAAAAGGUGCCUCCCAUCAACUCGGUUGAUGAUGCGCGGAAGGAGUUGCUUGCCCACGACGUUCCGGAAGACAUGGUCAGCGACCGCGACACUCGUUUUAUGUCGGCAUUUUGGACCUCCCUCAUGAAAGAGUCCGGCACCGAGAUGAAACCAAGUUCGGCUCGGCAUCCACAAACCGACGGGCAGACGGAGCGGGCAUAUCAAACCGCUCAAGUAAUGCUUCGCACACUCAUCCGUACGGAUAGGAAGGAUUGGGUGGACCGCCUCCUCAACAUCGAAUUCGCCUACAACACUUCGUUGCACCUGGCGAUCGGCGUGACUCCAUUCGAGUUGCACCACGGUGGCAGGAAAGGCCGUAUCUUCGCUGAUCUUCCAUUUCCAAGGACUGCCGACAUUGACACCGCCUGUUCUCCCGUCUCCGUUCGGAAGUAUAGGGACUUGCUGGCUAAAGCCCGCGCCAACAUGCAAAAGGCUCAAGUCCGCAUGCAACAGCAAGCUAACAGGCAUUGUGUGCCAUGCCCUAUCCACGCCGGCGACCUUGUUUGGGUCUCCACGGAGGAGUUUGCGCUUGAACAAGACGUAUCCCGCAAGCUACUUACGAAGUGGUUUGGACCAUGGCCCGUCACAGCAGCCGCGGGCGAUGAGCCCGAUGAUCCCUCAUUUGUGAUAGAAAUCCCGCCGCAUCUCACGGUGCACCCGGUUUUCCACGCGUCCAAGCUGGCCACAUAUUCGCCAGCCAAGAGUGACGACUUCCCGGGCCGACGAUUGCAGGACCCUCCUUCCAUGGAUGGUCAUCAGGAAGUCGACCGCGUCAUCACGCAUCGCAAGCACGGCAACAAGCCAAUGCAGUACAAGGUCACAUUCAAGUGGUGUGACCGCGAUGACACACGAUGGAUUUCCCGGGCAGCUUUGCAAGCCUCCGCACCAGAUAUCUACGCUGAUUAUGAGAAAAAACGGCUAGCCACGGAAGCUGCAGAGCCUCCCACCCGGACUUCAAUGCUACGAGGAAGGCGGCAUCCCGCGGUUUCGAUCUAUCGGAGGAAAUCUGGGGUCGUCAUGCCUCCUGUGGGUAUAUGCCCAAUGAUCAUGCAGGCACAGAACCGUGCGAACUUGACAGCUGUUCAAGUCACUUGCCGAGUCAUUGGAAACGAGCCGCCUCCGCUUGCGGAAGCUUUCAAUUUAUCCUAUCCAGAUAAGUUCAUGGCACGGGUUCGUGCGACGACUGUGGACCGAACAUAUGCGUAUAGACGUGAGCAGGACAGCGGUUGCCGUGUUGCUGUCAGGUUGUCGGAGCGGCUGGAUACGCUGUGCUUUGUUUUCCACCCCAAUGGAAUGACAUACGAUCCCUCCGAUACAGUCGAUUCCACUGGGACUGUCCCGGAGUUGCUGUGGGAAUCAAGAAUGAAAUCCCUGGAGGUGAGUCUAAGCUACUCUGUUUUGAACCCUGACGUAGUCGUUAACGGCCAAGGGGGGGGUCCAGUACGCCCAGAAGCACGCAAGGUACUGGCUUGGGUUGGCAAUUACGAGGGCGACGAUAAGGAUUUACUGCCUUCAGUGGAAACACGCUCGCAGGGCAGUGCAACUACCCUGGCAACGGAUUUGCGAACGUAUAACGUGUUGGCGGAUGAACCAGGCGGAUCACUAGCGAACGGUACAGUGCGGCUUAGCAGCACGCCCUCACCAAGCGGCUUCAUGGAGACGUACAAUGUUCUGGGGAACAGGUUCUUUGGGACUGGAUCAAGCGUCGAGCUGGUCCUGAAGCUGGAGGAGAGGAGGAGGUUGAAUGGGAAAGGAUCUGGCCAGAUCUCCAGGGUGGAGCUUCUACCAUCAUAUAUUGCAAAUGAUGAUGCGAAGGACAUCACUAGGGGUACAUCAAACACGUGGCCUAAUGGAGACAGUGUGAGUAUACGCACCUGGCUGGAUCCGGACGGCAUCCUUGUUAUAGAGGAAAAGGACCCAUUUAACGUAACGAUCCUCCUUGCACAGGUGUUCUCCGGGUGGGGCUUUGUCACAUUUGUCUUUCUGUCUCUUUUCCACAAGCAGAAACAUGGAGGGGAUGUUGAGAAUGAUGUGGAAAGUGGUCGCGUCUGGCUGGGCCGCUCAAAGAAGCCAGGCGGUCGUCAGAUAGGAAUGUCAAGGGGUCUUCCUGAGGAUAUGUCACCCCCUCCACCACACGUUAUGGGGGUCCGUUCCACAGAUUUCCCCCCCCCCUACCAGCAUGUUAGUGUCUCAGGGGUUCAAGUAUGUGGCAGCCAUCCGGGCAUCGGGUAUCCUACUCCCGGCAGAAAUGUUGUCACCCAAGAGCCAGCAGUUCAUCCCCUUGAGGCCGACCACCGACCAGACGGUCAUUCAAAGUUCGAGUUUGUUGGCGGUACUUUCGCGCCUCGUCUAAUGGCCCUGGAUUCGAAGGAUGCCGCAGCUGGGAGUGGGGCGGGGGGGGGUCAGGAAGUGUUGACUGGGGUGAGAAGGGUCGUCUUUGAAAGCCCCGACUUUGGAGGGCACAAGGUCCCAACGAUAAGACUGAGGGAUCUUCGGCCUCUUACCGCCUCCGUGCCAAGAAUGCCGGAGAGUCGCACCCCUGUCUACACUCCGAGAUACACCCUGCGGAGGAAAUCAAGGAAAGGUGGCGAUGUUGAAGCAAAAGUGUCGCCAAGCCGGAGCAGAGAGGAGAGCGGCCCAAAGUCAGACAAAGAGGGCACGCCAAAGUCAGACAGAGAUGACACGCUGAACAGAGUCAGUACCCCGAAGUCGGACAGAGUUGAACCGCCAGAAGGGGCUGAGUCACCAAGGGUUACGGACCCGACUGCAGCUCAUGCCAGUGGGCAAGUGAGCCCGACCUUGGACACAUCCCCCUCACCCAUCAGGAGGAGGAUGUCCUCCUAAGGAUGAGCAGUUUGCACCUUUGAGCGGGGGACUGAGAAUUAUAGCGGAGAAGGGUGGCCGCUGGUCAAUGCAAUCGAUCCAUGGUAUGGCUGAUUGUCACUUAUAUCUUCCAUACUCAGGUUGUUACUUUGAUAUGGGAUGUCCUUAUGUUCGCUCUGCUAUACACCCCCUUAAGCAUAGAAGGGGCACAUACAGUAGUUCCCUUGUGUCAUGUAUACUAUAUACAACUACCCACUCCCCUUUCUACUGUCAAGGGACACGGGGCUCACAUCUCCUGACAAGUUCUGAAGCUUUUCACAUUCCUCUGUUCACCUGCCAACGUACCUCCGUGUGUGUGUGUGUGUGUGUGUGUGUGUGUGUGUGUGUGUGUGGGGGUGUGCGUGCGCUUGUAUAUGCAUGUGUGUGUGUGUGUGUGUGUGUGUGUGUGUGCGUGUGUGUGUGUGUGUGUGUGUGUGUGUGUGUGUGUGUGUGUGUGUGUGCAGGUCUUGCAGGCUGCCUGGGGGAAGGGUGUGGGGUAGGAGACAGGGGGUGAAUGACUGUCUUGACGCCAGCUUUGGCUGGAUUUAGUCUCGCGAGUUUUCAGAUGCAGACGCACGGAAACACCUCGCUGAGCCUUUUUGGUAGGGGGAGACAAUGCUGAACCUGGAGGGGGAUGUCUGCUAGAAUGUGUGCGUGCCUUCAGUAUACAGUGUAAUCGAACGGACGUUCGUGCUGUGACUACACACUAUGCUGUACUCAGCACAGUAGCUGCCACGGAAAUGACAGGUCAGGUCAGGUCAGGUCAGGUCAGGGGGGUACUUUACAACAUAGGGACAGCUUUGGCUGGAUUUAGGCUCGCGAGUUUUCAGAUGCAGACACACGGAAACACCUCGCUGAGCCUUUUUGGUAUGGGGAGACGAUGCUGAACCUGGAGGGGGAUGUCUGCUAGAAUGUGAGCGUGUCUGCAGUAUACGGUGUAAUCGAACAGACGUUCGUGUUGUGACUACGCACUAUGCUGUACUCAGCACAGUAGCUGCCACAGAGAUGACAGGUCAGGUCAGGAGGGUACUUUGCAACAUAGGGAGCAGGGGGUUCUGUGCGGGCUGUGCUUUCUUCGGUUGUACCAUGAGUUGAGUUUUUGGUGUUUCUGUGGGUAUGUGGUGUAUAUCGUCAAACAGAAAUUUGUUGUGAUAUAUUAGGUGUCCUAUGUUCAUCACGUGACUGUGCGUUACGAAAUACUUGGGUACUUCAGUGGCAUGGGAAGAAACUAUAGGCUAGUUCAGGAUGAUGCUUAACAGCACGGGAAGAGGGGUCGUGCGGUUUUUCGUUGCACCAUGAGCUCACUUUUUUGGGUAAUUUACAAAAUUUCUGCCUUCCGGCGUGCUUUGCAUUUCUCUGGUAGUCGUGCCUUUCCUGGUACUUCGAAUUUGUUGAAGAGCUUCAGAGAGUUCUGCAGUCAAAGGCAUCCUGGUAUUGUUUUCAGGUUUUGCAGGGUGGCGGAGAGGGAGAGGUGGAUGAACGGCGAUUGGUUGCCAGUCGUCCAUGGCCGGAAUCCGUCGGAUAGAUAUGGUGAGACAAAGGAGGUAAGCGGUUGCUGUAUUCCAUGUAGGGGACUGGUGAUUUCAAAAGUUUCAAUAAAGUCGUCGUUGGCGGCAGUGUGUCAUAGCUUGCGUUUCGCCAACAGGUAAACGAGCAACUGGAUUGGUUUUGAUCACCCCUGCCUCAAAAUAUUGAAAAUAGAGGUAGGAGGAAAGGAGUUUCUGUAUUUCAUGUUGGUGACUGUGACUGGUGAUUAAAAAAAAAAAACAGUAAAGACACAUCAUUGGC